AUGGAUAAUCGGUCUAGGAAUUAUAGGAUUGCUAUAGAUAGGGGCGGGACUUUUACUGAUUGUAUUGGUAAUCCCGGUACUGGUAAACAUGAAGAUGAUGUAGUAAUUAAACUGUUAUCUGUGGAUCCUCAGAACUAUCCAGAUGCUCCAUUGGAAGGGAUAAGAAGGCUAUUAGAAGUAUUUGAAGGGAAAAAAAUUCCUAGAAACAUUCCUUUAGAUAUUAGCAAAGUUCAAAGCAUUAGAAUGGGGACUACAUUGGCUACUAAUUGUGCAUUAGAAAGGAAUGGUGAAAGAUGUGCAUUAAUUACAACGAAAGGUUUCAGAGAUAUUUUAAAAAUUGGUGAUCAAACGAGGCCAAAUAUUUUUGAUUUAGAAAUCAGACGUCCAAAGCCUGUAUAUGAUGUCGUCCUCGAAGUAGAUGAAAGAAUUACCUUGGAGGAUUAUUCUGAGGAUCCAUUAACACGUAAAUCAAAUCCUAAUCAUAUGAAAGGUACUUAUAAAGGAAAAAGUGGUGAAAUAAUAAGAGUUUUAAAAACACCAGAUGAGAAUUCAGUAAGAUCGAUGUUGAGUAUAUUAUAUAGCUCCGGUAUCCGCUCAAUUGCAGUAGCUUUCUUGUAUUCUUACACAUAUCCUGAUCAUGAAGAGUUUGUGGGUAAUAUUGCUCAGGAAAUUGGGUUUAAGCAUGUUUCACUUUCUUCUGAAAUUUCACCUAUGAUUAAAUUUUUGCCCAGAGCUCAUAGUGCAGUAGCAGAUGCUUAUCUAACACCCGUCAUUAAAUCUUACCUCGAAAGUAUUUCUAAAGGGUUGAAAAAUUCAGCAAAUACAAGUAUUCAAUUCAUGCAUUCUGAUGGUGGACUAGUAGAUGCUAGUAAUUUUUCAGGUUUAAAAUCAAUUCUAUCUGGACCAGCAGGUGGUGUUGUUGGUUACUCAAAUACCAGUUAUGAUGCAGAAAAUCAAAUUCCACUAAUUGGAUUCGAUAUGGGAGGGACCUCGACCGAUAUUAGUAGAUUUGGUAACGGGAAAUUUGAUCAUAUUUUUGAAACCGUGACAGCAGGGAUUGUUAUCCAAUCACCUCAGUUAGAUAUCCAUACAGUUGCUGCAGGAGGUAGCUCAAGAUUAUUUUGGGAGAAUGGUCUUUUUCGUGUCGGUCCUGAAUCUGCCACGGCAGAUCCUGGCCCUUCUUGUUAUCGUAAGGGUGGUCCAUUGACUAUUACUGACGCAAACUUAUAUCUUGGGCGUUUAAUUCCUGAAUUAUUUCCCAAGAUAUUUGGCCCCAAUGAGGAUCAAUCUUUGGAUUAUGAGAUCACUUGCAAAAAAUUUGAUGAUUUAAGAGAUAUCAUUAACAGAGAUCUUGGUAGUCAUUUAUCUACUGAUGAUGUAGCUUAUGGGUUUAUUAAGGUUGCCAACGAAUCUAUGGCUCGUCCUAUCAGGGCUAUUACAGAAGCAAAAGGGUAUAAUGUUUCUGAUCAUAGAUUAGUUGCAUUUGGUGGUGCUGGUGGACAACAUGCUGUUUCAGUAGCCAAAUCUCUUGGUAUUGGCACCAUAUUAGUUCAUAGAUACUCAUCGAUUUUAUCAGCCUACGGUAUAUUUUUGGCCGAUAUAGUUGAAGAAAAACAAGAGCCAUGUUCUUAUAUAUUAUCGGAUUCUAAUAUUGGCAAUUUCCUUGAAAAGAAAUUUUCCACUAUGAUUGAUAAUUGUAAGAUGAUAUUAAAAAGGCAAGAUAUUGAUGAGAAUAAUAUUAAAAUUGAAAAAUAUUUAAAUUUAAGAUAUGAAGGAACAGAAACUGGCUUGAUGACAUUGCAAAAAAGUAAAGAAUGGAAAUUUGAAGAAUGGUUUGAACAGAAUCAUAAGAGAGAAUUUGGGUUUGCUUUUAAUAAUAAGAAGAUUAUCGUUGAUGACAUUAGAGUAAGAGCUAUUGGUAAAACAAAAAUUAGGAAAGAAGACACAGUCGAUACGCAGUUGAAUAAAUAUCAAAACUUGGAUAUUGAUACUAAAAAUUAUGCUUCAUUAUUUAAAGAUAUUUACUUCGAAGGCGGAAGAAUUUCAACUCCUGUUUUCAACAUCAGUAACUUACCUUUAGGAAGCAUAAUUUCUGGACCAGCAGUUUUAGCAGAUAAUACUCAGACCAAUAUCAUACCACCUAAUACUGAAGCAAAAAUUUUGAAAACACAUGUAUAUAUUAAAAUAUUGGAGAGAAAUGAGUUAGAAAAUAGAUUUUUGGAUUCGAUAAACCCAAUUUUAUUGUCGAUAUUCAGUCAUAGAUUCAUGGAUAUUGCAGAACAAAUGGGAACCCAGUUACGUAAAACAGCAGUAUCGACAAAUGUCAAAGAAAGGCUUGAUUUUUCAUGUGCCCUAUUUGAUGCAGAUGGAAACUUGGUCGCUAAUGCACCACAUGUACCCGUUCAUUUAGGUUCGAUGUCAACUUGCAUAAGACUACAAGCUGAACAUUGGAAGAACAAAUUGAAACCAGGAGAUGUUAUUGUUACCAAUCACCCUGAUAUGGGAGGAACCCAUUUGCCAGAUAUUACUGUCAUUUCUCCAAAUUUUUCAUCUGACGGUGAGCUUUUGUUUUAUGUGGCAUCUAGAGCGCAUCAUGCUGAAAUUGGUGGUAUAUUACCAGGAUCUGUUCCUCCAAACUCAAAGGAAUUAUAUGAAGAAGGUGCCAUAGUUUAUUCUGAAUUAUUGGUAUCGGGAUAUGUUUUUCAAGAAGAACUUGUUUAUAAAUUAUUUGUCGAUGAACCGGCUAAAUACCCAAAUUGCUCUGGAUCAAGAAGAAUUAGUGAUAAUAUCAGUGAUUUGAAGGCCCAAGUAGCAGCUAACACCAAAGGCCUUCAAUUAUUGGAAAAUCUUGUAACAGAAUAUAGUCCGAAUAUUGUUUUAAAGUAUAUGGUGGCAAUUCAAGAUAAUGCAUGUGAUACAAUCAAGAGAACUCUGGAACAACUAGUUAAACAUUUUGGAAAAUCUGUCUUUUCGGGACAUGAUUAUAUGGAUGACGGUUCCAAAAUCGAAUUAUCAAUUAGAUUGGAUAUCGAAAAGGAGAAAUAUUUAUUUGAUUUUUCUGGAACAUCUCCUCAAGUUUAUGGCAACUUGAAUGCUCCGGAAGCAAUAACCAAUUCGGCAAUUUUAUAUUGUUUGAGAUGUUUAGUUGGCGAAGAUAUCCCUCUAAAUCAAGGUUGUCUAAAACCAAUAACAAUAAAAAUUCCAAAGGGUUCCAUUCUUUCUCCAAAUAAGGGAGCUGCAGUUGUAGGUGGGAACGUGUUGACUUCUCAGCGUGUUACCGAUGUGAUUUUGAAAACGUUUGGUAUAAUGGCAGAUUCACAAGGUGAUUGUAAUAAUUUUACAUUUGGUACAGGUGGUGGAAAAGACAAAGAUGGGAAUCUAUUAAAUGGAUUUGGCUAUUAUGAAACAAUAUGUGGUGGUGCCGGUGCUGGUUUACCAUCUUGGAGAAGUGAUGGUUGGAACGGUGCUAGUGCCGUACACACCAAUAUGACAAAUACCAGAAUGACUGAUACCGAAGUUCUUGAGAGAAGGUACCCAGUUCUUUUAAGAGAAUUUUCUAUAAGGAAAGGCUCUGGGGGUAAUGGUAAAUACAAUGGUGGUGAUGGUGUGAUAAGAGACAUAGAAUUUAGAGAAAUCAUUACAGCCUCAAUUCUUUCCGAAAGACGGGUUUUGGCACCACAAGGCAUUAAUGGAGGUCAAAAUGGUAAACGAGGUAAAAAUUUAUGGAUUAGAAAAGAUACUGGUGCUGUGAUCAAUGUUGGGGGUAAAAACACAUUUGUUGCAAAUAUUGGUGAUAGAUUUAUUAUUCAGACACCAGGUGGGGGAGGGUGUGGAUUCGAAUAA